AUGGCCAAACGAAAACAUGUUCUUUCUGAGACCCGACACCGAGUUUCUUGUGCCUGCGGAUUCCAGCUAGUCUCCCAGGACCCAGCAGCUUCCGCACUUCGUGCGCACGCGGCAGCACCUAGAGUUUGGGGGCCCCAUCUUCCAGCCCCCAGACCCCCAGACCCCCAGGCCCAGCCCCUGGCUUCCCGUACAGAAACCGGAGCCCAAGAGACACUAGGUUUAGAAGAAAAGCUGGCACAACCGACUAACUCUCAAUCGAAAUAUUUUAUCAAAUGUUCCCUCCGACUUUCAAAGCAGGAAGGCCCUGAGAGUACCUGCCCGAGUGUGCCUGGGCGCACAGGUCUUGUGCGGGCCGAGGAAGGGCCGCAUCUUUCCCUCUCCGGGCGCCGGCGCCUUCUCCCUUCCCACGCCGCCUUCCCCAGCCCGGCAGCCCAAGCGGCGGGAUCGCGCGGCCACACCUACCUGUGCCAGGUGAGGCGAGGGCGGGGCGCGGGGCUCCGAGAACCGGACGGGCGAGAUGGCGGGGGCAGCUCGGGCACAGCGCCGGGCCACCCGCGCUCCUCCUCGCUGCUCCAAUCGCCGGAGUCACCUCAGUCGCCCAGUGCACGACGCUUCCUUAUUUUGGGCAACUUCCUUAACGCGCCCUGGCAGGCCCUGAACUUCCUCCCCGCUGCCGCGCCCCGCUGCCCCAGGCCCGCCCUGCCGCCCGUGCGCCCCCAGCGCCCAGCGCAGGGGAUCGGCCGCCAGAGCGCGCCGGAACCCGGCUCGCGGGGUCGGCCCGAGAGGCGAGGCAGGAGGGGAGAAGGGAAGGGAGCCAGGUGGGCGCUCGGCCCCAGCUCCCCGGGCGCAGAAAGCCCAGACGAGGGGGCUUCAAAUGCAAAAAGGGGGCAUGGCCAACAACUGGACCCUCUGGCCACCUGUCCUGCCUGCUGCUUGAUUCUUCCAAGGACCAACAGGCACUCAGGGUCACGCCCAUUUCCGGUGCAAUUGUUUGGGAAGAGAAUCUUGUUCACAGUGUGGUCUAUUCCUAAUCACCAGCCCAAGACGCUCCUGCUGACUGGUGAUCGGAAGGCCCAUGUCGUCCUCACAGGUGGUCUCCUGACACAAGCGAACAUCAGAUUUCACAACUCACCUUUGGAUGAGGCCAGCCUGUCCAACAGAGAAAAUUUGCCUUUGCUUCUGUCAGCAGUCUGGAGUGCAACUAGUAUGUCAACAAUUUAAGCCUGCCAGGCUCCUUUAUCCAUGGGAUUCUUCAAGCAAGAACACUGGAAUGGGUUGCCACACCCUUCUCCAGAGAGUCUUCUCAACCCAGGAAUCGAAUCUGCAUCUCCUAUGUCUGCUGCACUGCAGGAAGAUUCUUUACCCACUGAGCCAUAGACACUUUAAUAAAAGGGGUAAGAUAUAAAAGACACCCACGUUACAAUUUUAGAGGCAACUAAAACUUUUCUUGAUGUGGUUUUAGUCAUUUGUCUGCAUACAUAUAAAUGUGUGAUUAUUUAUGUUUUUUAUUACUUGAUUAUAGGAUUAGAUAGCAUGUCAGGAAAUGCUUUUUAUCUUCCUACUGACUGUAAUGCAUGGACCAUGAACAAUAACGAAUCCCUGAUGAUAUACCAUUAAUUGUUUCCAGAGAUUUGCUAUUAUGAACUGCCUUGCCAUAAAAAUCCCUGUUUGUACAUCUUUGAUCCUUAAUGAAUCUUUCUGGGAUAAAUUUCUACAAACUUAGUCAGAGGAGGUGCAAUUUUAUCUAUGAUGCUUUUUGCUUAAUUGCACUCUGGGGAGAUGUGACCCCGAUAAUAGUAUUCUUCCACCUUGUACAGGGGGCACUCAGCUCAGGAUUGGGUGGAGCCAAAGUCUAGCAUGCAUUCUGCUUAAUGAUGCCUUUGUACCAGGUAAUGUGAGAGGUGAAAAGUGUCUCGUUUUAAUUUCUAAUGUAUAUCAUUUUAACUAGAGAGAUUGAAUGUAGUUUUAUAGGUUCAUUGAUUAUUAAUAUUUACUUCUUUUGGGAAGUGCCUAUUCAUUGCAUUUCACAGUACUUUCACCAGAUGCUAACUUUUGUGUUGAUUUAUAGAAAGUUUUUGUAGAUUAUAAACCUUAUUUCUGUGUUCACCAGUUAUGUUGUAAAUGUUUCCUCCCAUUUAUUCUUUAUCUUUCAGCUUUCUACAUUUCAUUUGUUUAUGUAUCUGUACCAAAAUAAUAUUUCAGUAUUUUAUAUGGAAAAAUUACCUAUUGUUUCUAGCUUUAAUGCCUUUGUUAUCUUCAAAUAUAUAAAAGUAUUCACAUGUUUUUGCAUUUAAAUCUUUAGAAUCCAUUAUAAUCCAUGGGAAAUUUACUUGGCAUAAGGAGUGAAAUAGAUAUUCAAUCUCUUCCCCCAAAUGAUUAGUCAGUUCAUUCAAUAGUCCAUCUUUUCAAAGAUUAGUAAUUAAGUUUUAUCAGAUACUGAAUUGCUAAAUACUUGGAGCUAUUUCUGGUCUUUUUGUUCUGUUUCAUUUAUCUGUCUAAUAUGCUAGGACAUUACUUCUUUAAUUGCUUUACCUUUGUAAUUUUGAUGCUUUGUAAUUUUGUUUCAUUCUGAUUCUUUUUCAAGAUUUGAAAAUGUCUUCUUUGCUAGCAAAAGUCCUUCCCCCAACAUGAUAGGAUGUUUACUUUUAUUUUCAGUAGGCUGAGAAAACACAUGUGCAUGUGCAUUCUUAGAUCACAGAUUCUCUGAUUCAGUUUUAAGGAGCUAAAGGAGGAAAACAGAGGGAAGUUGUUCUCCAAUUCAUGGUUGUUAAGUGGAAAAGCGAGUCUGGUAUAGUGAUACAACACAUUUCUCUAACAGUGGUCUACACUGAGUGUUAAAUUUUUCUGAUAUUUCUGGUGACUUGCAGCAGAGUGAACUGCUAAAAAACAAGUGUAGGUCACUCUACACCUUGUUGUCUCUUCACACAUGCAGCUGGAAUUAUUUGUAUUUAAUAUAAAUUUAUUAAACUAUAAUUUAUGAUAUAGAAUAUGUUUAUGUUAAUUUAUAAUUUAGAGGCUGGUGGUUGUUGACAACAGUUUCUUUUAUGACUGGUAUAACUAGACAGUCCCCCUUUCAGUAUAUGUUUGAUGUUAUGGAGAUAAUCCUUAACAGAAAGUAUACAUUGGACAACCUUUCUGUUAUAUGAAACAGACACACAAACUACAUAGAACCUAAGAACUUAAAAACUAUUUAUUUCUUCUACAGUUAAGAGGACUAUAGCUUGUAAGGUGAUAUGUAGACACAUUCCCUACUCUAACUUUCUGUAUUAGAGAAGGUAAAUGUUAGAACAUGGGCUGGGACCAUUGAGGAUUUUGAAAGAACUGUGUCUGUGGUCACAGUCAGAGAAUGGGCAUCUAGAGACAGACAUCUAGGGAGCAGGGGCGCUAUCAGAGUCCUACAUUCCAGCCUGUGGAGUUCUCAGCCGCGGAGGGCAUCCAUUUCAGUAUCAUGGAAGGUGUGGGUUGGAGCGACCCAAAAUAGGUCCUCCGUUCUGCUUGUCAGAGGCUACACCGAGAACUGAAAACAUCUUGAGCAACCAGAGCAUUAGAAUAACUCCUGAUUGGUGAGAAGCUAACAAUGGCUCCAUCAGGACUGGACCGUCCUCUACUGUCCUCCUGGUCUUAGAGUCCUUGUAGUGCAGGGACAUCUCAGAGGAGAAGCCGGACUAGAGCUUCCUGGGGGUGCUGUCUGAGCAGGUUGUGGAGGGAAGCGGGUAUGAAAUGCAGGGGAGAGGAAGCUGGGUAGGCAGCUGGCUACUGAACUUUGGUGAGUGGGCAUCAGCUGAGCGGUCAUCAGGUAGACUCAUAUACAGCCCUGACGUCAGAGGCUGCAGGCUGUACCUCCAGGGUCUGGACUCUCAGACGUUGGUGAGCUCUUGGGGACCCUCUGCAUCUGGGAGGAAGAUCCUUAACCAGUGGUGGUGUGAGUUUCUGCUUAUUGGCGCAAUCCACAGCCUCCUGCCUGGAACCUGCAGAAGGUGAUGUCUGAACAAACCCUGACUCAGGGAAUAGCGCUGUAAAUUUAGGAAUGUUUUGUCAUCACGGGAACAUUUUUUUACAUUUUUUAACAGCUCUUUUCAUUCGUUUUUUGUCUUUGAGGCAUUUUAUAAAAAGUAAAAAUUAAAGAUGCUGUGAACAGCGGUCAGAGAUUGGUAAACUGCAACAGCUGACCAGAUUUGGCCAGUGGCCUCUUUUGUAUAUGCCCUCCCACACCAAGAAUGGUUUUUACAGUUUUAAACGACUGUUUAAAGGGUGUUUAAAAACUCACACAAGAAUUAAACACUGGACUGCAGCCCAGUCCCUCCUCUAUCUCCCCCAUCACACAAUUGUUCUCCUGUUUGGUAGAGUUUUUAUUGCCACAUAGGCCAUCCUGUUUUCCUCUCUUUUGAAAGAAAAUUCAGGUACAAACUACCCCUCCAAUCAGGAGUCCCCGAGAUGGGCUGCCUUUUGGUUUUCAGAAGCUGCCAGUGGGUUUCAGUGUGUUGUGUUAUGAUAUCAAUGAUUUUUAAAAUUAUAUUGUUCUUGUUUUUUUUAUAUGGUAUACUUAAAAGCCAGUAUCUCUUGUACUAUAAAUUUGCAGAAAAAGAUGCAUAAUGUACUUUUGUUUUUCCUUCUGUUGGAGUGUACUAUAUAUAGUCUGUGUGCUUCUCCUGAUGAAAAUAAACUUUCUCUUUAU